AAAGAGAAAAAAAAAAAACGUGAAGAAGAAAUAAAUAGGGAGGGGGGAAAAGAAUCAAAUUGGCGUAAAACUCCAUAAUACGUAAGCAAAAUCACGUUUUAGCACUACUCCAAAUUCCAUCCCCAAUUAACAACAAAAUUACAUCUCUCGACUCCAAAAACCCAGCAAAAUCAUCAUCAUCAUCUUUUUUCCAGACCCAAAAAUUUGGUGGGUGGAACUCCUUUUUCUUGUACUUUCAAAUCUUACCCAGAAAACAGUUCCACCAAAAGUAACGUAUAAAAUCUCAAUUCUGAUUUUUGAGUGGGGAAAAACAAAUAGAGAGGAGAGAGAAAGUUUGGAUCUUUCAAUGGCAUCAGAUCAGGAAUUACCGCAAGAAAUACCAGAAGGAACAUUGCAGAACAUAUUGGACCAAAAUACCCUCAAAUGGGUAUUUGUAGGAGGCAAAGGUGGUGUUGGGAAGACAACUUGUAGCUCAAUUCUUGCCAUUCUUCUAGCAAGCGUUCGAUCUUCUGUUCUUAUUAUCUCAACUGAUCCUGCCCACAAUCUUAGCGACGCUUUUCAACAGCGUUUUACCAAGGCUCCUACCCUUGUUAAUGGCUUCACCAAUCUCUUUGCAAUGGAAGUGGAUCCGUCCGUAGAGAAUGAAGAUCUUUCUGGUGAUGGGCCAGAUAACUUUGUAUCUGAGCUGGCAAAUGCAAUUCCUGGAAUCGAUGAAGCUAUGAGUUUUGCGGAAAUGCUGAAAUUGGUUCAGACAAUGGAUUACUCUGUCAUAGUGUUUGAUACAGCUCCCACAGGGCACACACUUCGUCUUUUGCAAUUCCCUUCCACAUUAGAAAAGGGACUGACAAAAAUGAUGACCUUGAAGAAUAAAUUUGGAGGCUUAUUGAGUCAGAUGACUCGUCUCUUUGGUGUUGAAGACGACUUUGGUGAAGAUGCGAUCCUUGGCCGGCUUGAAGGCAUGAAAGAUGUAAUCGAACAAGUAAACCAGCAGUUCAGGGAUCCGGAUUUGACAACCUUUGUCUGUGUUUGCAUUCCUGAGUUCCUCUCUCUCUAUGAAACAGAGAGAUUGGUGCAGGAACUAGCAAAGUUUGAGAUUGAUACUCACAAUAUCAUCAUUAAUCAAGUUCUUUUUGAUGACGAAGUUAUUGACUCUAAGCUGCUGAAAGCAAGAAUGCGAAUGCAAGAGAGGUAUAUUGAUCAGUUCUACAUGUUGUAUGAGGACUUCCACAUUACAAAAUUGCCAUUGAUGCCAGAAGAGGUCACUGGCUUACAAGCGUUGAAGGGAUUUUCUCGUCAUUUCCUUACACCAUAUCAACCUUCAAUCACAAAAGGAAGUGUUGAAGAACUGGAGAUGAGGAUAACGGAGUUGAAGCUACAGUUAAAUGGUGCAGAAGAGGAGCUGGAGAGACUACGAAAGGGCAAACAAAAGGUGUAAUUGUGUCUCAUAAUAUGCCAUCGCUUUUUUGUGCCAUUUUCUUCUUCGAAAUUUUUACUGUUUUAGCUAUUCCUGUUUUCCUCCUUUAUAAGAAAAAAAAAUUGGUGGUUGGAUAGGCAGGUUAUAUAGCCCACAGGGCCUUGUCCAAGGAUGGUCUAUUUAUUGGUUUUUCUGCAGGGAUGCAUGAUUUACAGUAUAAUCUUUUUGCCUCCUAUACAUUGUUUAUUUAGGCUUACUGUAACAAAAAUCAAUGAAAGGUGAGCGUUUUGUAGGACAAGUUAUUUGCUGAAACUUUUCUCCUUGAUAGCAAA